AUAUCGAGGAUGGAUGAUAUAUACGCGACCUUGGAGGCAGAGUACUGUCCUCCGUUGGACACAGCAUUGUUGUCGGCAAUCCUGUCAGAUCACGAUUUGACAAAAGAAAGAGAGGUAAAGCAAGCUCGAGAGGUACUGGAUCCUCUGAAGGAGUCGGCAUUGUUGGAAGAACAGUUAGCCUUUGAUCCCUCUGGCACGGGGGCUCAAGAUCAUGGGGCUGAACUGCCCGCUCGGCCAGAAUCAUGUCCGGAGACAAGCGAAAAUUUGUCAAGAGAGACAGACCUUAUCAGCCUAUCAACUGAUCUGAGCUCACUUGACCUCGACCGGCGUUCAGAAGGUGGCAGCAUAUUGGGAGACAACGAUAUCGCCAGAGAAUUGGAGACACAGGACAACGAAACGAAAAUUCAAUUAUUGGGGCAGGUAUUAGACGGCCGCGUCACUCAGUCUCAGAUCGCAUUUACGUUGAAAAAAUGUAAUGGGGGUUUUGAAAGAGCUAUAGACGAGCUUCUGAACCAUGUUCAUUUCCAAGAAUCUUCAGAGGACGGCACAAAAAUUCUAGCGAAGGGUAUAGACGCCUUUUCGGAAGAAAACACCGGGCGACGUGGUCGCAAAGGCAAGGCAAGGAAGAAGGGUCUCGGAGCAGUUGGCGAACCGCGAUCUGGCUCUCUUCCAUCUUCACCUUUUCACGCUAGUUCGUCAACCUAUAAUGCCUGGAAAGACUCAAAGAACGACAUCGAGUUCAUCGCGACACGCAUGGGUCUUGAGACGGCUACAGUAGGGCCAAAGUAUCACAAAUGUGGUGCUUCGAUCCCGAAGACAAUAGGCGAAUUGCUCAAGACCAAGUUGGCGGAAGGCAACGAAGCAAUAGAGGAGGAUCCAAUCAAAGCCGUCAAUGCUCACGAACUACAUCUCGAAUUCCCAAGCCUCAGAUCGGAUUAUGUUGCAGCUUUGGUAAGCGUAACUUAUCCUUCUACCGCAGCAGCACACGAGCUGGCCAAAGCCUUGACUUAUCGUCCUAAUGAGCGAGGCGGCAUCGAAAUUGUUCCGAUUUAUGAGCGACCAUACAGUAAGACACUUGGUAUUGAUACGGCACGAGCGGUGUCGAAGGCGCCUGGGCACUCCGGCAGCACGAACCCAUCCGCGGACAUCGAUGUUGCGCAGCGCGCGUCUGCCUACGCUUCUGCUAGGAGCGCGGCACUGGCUCAGGCUUUCGCGGCACAUCGAAAAGCCAAGUCUGAUCGAUUGAUGGGUGGUGCUGCUGCUUAUUAUGGUCAGGAAUAUCGCAACCUUACCGCGCUUUCUACGGCGGCAUCUGCUGCUGUUGCCGACCAACGAGCCGAAUCGCAAUCCACACCGAACCAGCUGGAUCUUCAUGGGAUAGAUGUACGGAAUGCCGUGAGAAUUGUAGAGCAAAGGGUCGAGGAAUGGUGGGUAGCGCUCGGUGAAGACCGUGCUAAUGGUAGAAUCGGCGCUUCAAAUCGACAUGCUGGCUAUGAAGUCGUUGUAGGUCGCGGGACGCAUAGCGAAGGCGGACGCAGUAAACUUGGUCCUGCUGUCGGCAAAGCGUUGAAGAAUGCUGGUUGGAAGAUCGAGCUCCAUGGGCCGGUCAUCCUCGUCAAGGGCCGCUCCCAAGCAUAG